AUGGAACAUUUAGUUUCAGUUUGUCUACUCCUCAUCCUCCUGGCAAUUGCCUCGCAAAGAUGGGUAAUCAUGCCGGGUUUUCAUAGCAUCCUACUUCGUGGUCCACCUAGGGACGACUUCUUGUUUGGAGUAAUGCGUCUCAUGCGCCUAUCCACACAUCCUAACGUUCUUUUUGAAAACUGGGCGAAUAGAUAUGGGUCUACUUAUCGCAUACCUCUCCUACUGGGAUCCCAUGCCAUCGUUGUCAGUGAUAUGAAAGCUGUGACGCACAUAUUUUCCAAGGACACCUACACUUACGUACGAUCUCCUGGGUUCAGGGCCGUCAUCGACCAAGUCAUUGGUCGCGGUCUUUUGUGGGUUGAAGGUGACAUCCAUCGGCGGCAAAGGAGAACUAUGAACCCCGCAUUCAGUCCUACAGUGAUCAAGAGGAUGACACCGGCAUUUUACGACGCUACAUAUAAACUGAAAAAUGUCUGGGACAAAAUGCUGGAUUCAAACGCCCCCAAUGCGGCCGUAGAGGUUGAAAUGCAUGAAUGGCACGACAAUGAAGCUAGUGUACGUCUCGCUUUGUUCCCUGGUAUAACGGUCAAGGGCAAGCUGAUCCAUCACUCCUAUGUGCUUAGACUGGAUACAAUAGGCACCACUGUGUUUGGUUAUCAUUUCAACUCUCUCGAAGGAAAGAAAUCGGCCGUAGAAGAAUCCCUCCGGAUCUACAACACCACCAUCCCUACCACGUUGGGAAAACUUGCAUUAUCCUUGUACAUGUUUCUCCCAUGGGUCGGGAAGUUACCAACCAAGCGAAAGCAGCUCAACACGAACUUAUCUGAAUCGGCACGUGAGAUGCUUGAAAGUAUCAUGGUAAAUCAGAAUCAAGACCAGGCCCGCGAUUCUCAGAUACUCGAUGAAUCGAUUGUAGAGUUGUUUGUGAAAGAGGCAGAAGACGACGGCGUUGACCUGCAGUCUCCGGAAGGAAAGGAAGAAGUCCUGGCUAAGAUGAAAAAUCUGCUUAUUGCUGGAUCCGAUGCUCCUGGAAUAAUUCUUGUGUGGGCCUUGAUUGAACUCGCCCGACAUCCAGAAAUUCAAAAGCGAGUCAGAGAAGAAGUCAUGGCCACUCCGGGAGCAGAGUUGGAAUGGCGAAUCCUUCAAUCUUCUUGUCCCUUCCUAGAUUCAGUUUUAUCGGAAACAUUGAGAUUACAUCCGACUGUUGGGGAAACACACCGCAUGGCAAACGAAGAUGACGUCCUCCACUUAAAGGAACCUAUUCUCGACUCUUCUGGACAGCUAGUGGACUGUAUUCACAUACCGAAAGGAACAAGCAUCAUCAUUCCUAACCAUUACUUGAACUCUUCCACAUCGAUCUGGGGUCCGGAUGGCCUCAACUUUAAUCCUGAGCGGUGGAUGGGGACGUAUCUGUCGAGGUCGGGCGAUGAGCCUAAUGAUGCGAUCUCUGAGAGGCGUCGACUAUGGACCUUCGGCGAUGGACCCAGAAUCUGUGUUGGGAAGGCCUUCGUGAUGGUACAGUUAAAGAUUGUACUGGCAGUUCUGCUACGUCACUUCGUUUUCGAACUGCCUCAAGGCCCUAAUACGCCAUUGGACUUCCACCUGUCUCUCGUCCGCCGACCGAAGGUAAAGGGGAUGAAAGGAGCUGCGAUGCCAUUCCUUAUUUCCAGAGUCGACUGA